AUGUCCAAACGUGCCGCAUCUAAUGACGAUGCACCCACUCCAAAGUGCAUCAAAAUUAAUGACAGGAAUCAGACAGCACCACUGGCGGAUAAGCAUGCAUGGGCAAUUUUGGAGCAGUUUCUUACGACAGACAUGACGUACACUCAGAUGGAAGAAGCUCUUUCAUUGUACCUCGGCAAUCGAUAUUCUGUGGACGAUUGGAAGGAAUCCCAAGAUGCACUAUUUUUCGGUGACAGUGAUGACAACCUCGCUUUGAGAAAUCUUCAUGCUGUGAAGGCAAAGCACAUACACUCGGUGUCUGCUUCCAGUGAUUCUUCCAUGGCUGACAGACUGUCCAGUGCGUGCGUCCAAAGUUCGCAUAAACCAGCCAAAUUAAAAAAUCCCUACCUCGAUCUGGCUGCAGAGGAGGGGGAGGAGGAGGAGGAGGAGGACCACAACCAUAAUGGUCCCUCUGGGUCGUGGAAGGUUACAUCCUUGCCAGGAUCAUCAUCGGCCGCUAGGUUUGCCAUGGCCAUCAAUAACAUCACGCAUAGAUUCGCGACGACACAGCAUAGCUCAUCGCAAGAUCGCCAGAAUAUUCCCUCCUCGAUAUCUGACUUGAUCCCUUCGAGAAGUUCAACUGAGCUGCAGGGAAGUGUUACGGAUUAUAUUGCUGCACACCUUCGCAAGAAACAUUUUAUCGUUAAGGUGUCAGCUUGGAUACCCGGUCAGCUUUACGUGGUUGCAGACAGCCCUAAAACAAUCGCAGACUCGCUUCCUUCCUCGCUCUACCUAGCUGUCAAGCAAUAUGUUCAUAUAUCAGAUGACAAACGUGAAGAGGUCGAGUGUUCUUACUGCAAGCUUCCCAGCCCAGCGUAG